AGCAUGGAGAGCUGCAGAGUGUGUGUGAUGGUGUGUGCCGUGCUGCUCUCCUGCGCCUCUGGCAAUGAAAUAUACCAUCUGGAUGAGGAGGAGGUGGUGGAUGUAGACAGGAGAGCCCUGAGGAACUUCUACCCUAAAGAGCCUAAUUUAACCAGCCAGAAAGAGCUUCUUGGGGCUCUGCAUGAUGUUUUGGAAAAGCUGCAGAGCAAACGAAUUACGCUUUGGGAAAAGAAGUUCAGCCGAGUUCCCACGUGUGGGAUCGGGCAGCAGUGUGCUGUGCGGAAAGGCUCGCGCAUCGGCAGGAUGUGCGACUGUCCGAUUGGAGCAUCUUGCAACACCUACCUGCUCAAGUGCUUAUAAUCAUUGCAUCCUGUCCGCUUGGAAAUGAAUUCAUUAGAGUUAACAAGUUUGAGUUCAUUCAAGUUAAACUAUGUGCUGCUUUUGGUGUAAAUAUGUACAUUUUGUCUUGAGCCUUAGUUUUCUGAGGCAACCUGUCAUCAUUGGUUUGAAAAAA